CGAACAGGAGGAACAAGGAACGGGUGGGCGGUCGGUGGCGCGCGCGCGCGCACACGCACGUUCGGUUCGACGCGUUUGCGUUAGACUUUGUCUAUAUAGAGUUAUCAUCGAUUUAGUUUUUAGAGUGCCGCCGUGAGUAAUAAUUUGAACAAGACCAAGUGUUCCGGCCUUAGCUAGGUGUAUAGGCAAAAUAGGGAUGCAUCGUCGGUAGAGCAACAAAAUCGGCGCGCGUCGUCGUCCAUGUUCCUUGUCUCCGGCAGCUCGGUAAAAGGGCACUACAGGCACGGUAAUCGCCAGGUCGGUUCUCACGCGCGGUUCGCGCACGCAAAUCGUCGGACCACCCGCAAAAUCGUCGUCGAACAGCGGCAGCGGCAGCCAUCUUUACUCCGCUCCGAGACGGGCUGUGGUUCGUUCGUCGUGUGGUGUGACUGACAGUAGUGUGGUUCUUGAUGCGGUACACGCGACCAUCUCGCUCGGAAAACGUUCUCAAGUGUGGCUUUUAAAAGUACGGAACUGAGGGAACUCGUGUGACGGAUCCGGGGUCUAACAAAUUAUGGCAAUGGAGACGCCGAGGGAGCGCGAGAUCGCCGCGGAGGACAGUAUCAAGGUAGUCUGCAGGUUUCGACCUUUGAACGACUCCGAGGAAAAGGCUGGUUCCAAGUUCAUCGUGAAAUUCCCCUCCGGCGGCGAGGAUAAUUGCAUCUCGAUCGGGGGAAAAGUAUAUCUUUUCGACAAAGUGUUUAAACCGAAUGCUACUCAAGACAAAGUGUACAAUGAAGCAGCCAGAUCGAUCGUCACAGACGUAUUGGCAGGGUACAAUGGCACUAUUUUCGCAUAUGGUCAAACAUCUUCAGGAAAGACGCACACCAUGGAAGGUGUCAUCGGAGAUUCAAACAAGCAGGGUAUCAUACCCCGAAUCGUUAAUGACAUUUUCAAUCAUAUCUAUGGUAUGGAAGAGAAUUUGGAGUUUCACAUCAAGGUAUCAUACUUUGAGAUCUACAUGGAUAAGAUCAGGGAUCUCCUCGAUGUGUCAAAGGUGAAUUUAAGUGUACACGAAGAUAAGAAUCGGGUACCGUUCGUGAAGGGUGCGACCGAACGGUUCGUAUCCAGUCCCGAGGAAGUGUUCGAAGUGAUAGAGGAAGGCAAGUCGAACAGGCACAUCGCCGUGACCAACAUGAACGAGCACAGCUCGCGUUCUCAUUCCGUAUUCUUGAUAAACGUGAAGCAAGAGAAUUUAGAAAACCAAAAGAAACUUUCCGGGAAGCUGUAUCUCGUCGAUUUAGCUGGCUCAGAAAAGGUCUCUAAAACUGGAGCAGAAGGCACCGUGCUCGACGAAGCAAAAAAUAUUAACAAAUCACUGUCGGCGCUCGGCAACGUGAUCUCGGCUUUGGCCGACGGAAACAAGACUCACAUUCCUUAUCGUGAUUCCAAGUUGACCAGAAUCUUACAAGAAUCUCUGGGCGGCAAUGCGAGAACUACGAUCAUCAUUUGCUGUUCACCGGCCAGUUUCAACGAGUCGGAAACGAAAUCCACUUUAGAUUUCGGUAAGCGUGCUAAGACCAUUAAGAACGUCGUAUGCGUCAACGAGGAAUUGACCGCCGAAGAAUGGAAACGCCGCUACGAGAGGGAGAAAGAGAAGGCGGCCAGAUUGAAAGGAAAAGUGGAGAAAUUGGAGGCUGAAUUGUCGCGUUGGCGACAGGGCGAGACCGUCAAGCCGGAAGAGCAAGUAAAUCUGGUGGAUGGACCAGACGUUACGACGCCUAUCAACGUGUCCAUUGAAGGCAAACUCGAUGACGGGCCGAUGCCGGCCACACCGGCCGGAAGCUUGAUGGCUGGUUCUUUGUCGAACGAGGAGAGGCAAAAACUGGAGGAGGAACGUGAGAGGCUUUACCAACAACUGGACGACAAAGACGAAGAGAUCAAUCAACAAUCGCAGUACGUCGAGAAUUUGAAGGAACAGAUACACGAACAAGCGGAAUUGAUCGCGACCGCGAGGCGCGAGUACGAGAAAUUGCAACAAGAAGUGAACAGGACGCAGCAAGAACACGAACGCGCGAAGGAGGAAGUGAAGGAAGUUUUGCAAGCAUUGGAAGAAUUGGCAGUGAAUUACGAUCAGAAAUGUCAAGAGUACGACAUGAAGAAGAAGGAGGUGGAAACGUUGACGGAGGAACUUUUGGCAAAGCAAACGACGCUGAAUACGACCGCUUCGGAAUUGCAACAGUUGAAGGACAUGUCGGCUCAUCAGAAGAAACGAAUCGCGGAAAUGUUGGCCAACUUCUUAAAAGAUCUGGGCGAAAUCGGAGUUGCGAUCGGUGGCGAUGAAAAUCUGAAGGUUUCACCUCCGGAGAGCAAUGGUAAACUGGAAGAGGAGUUCACGGUAGCUAGGCUGUUCAUUAGCAAAAUGAAAUCGGAGGUGAAGAAUCUGGUGCAACGUUGUCAAGGAUUAGAAAGUUUCCAAGUAGACUAUAACAAGAAAGUCGCCGAGUACGAAAAGGAUCUGGCCGAUUGUCGGCUAUUAAUUUCUCAACACGAAGCUCGUAUGCAGACGUUGACGGAGUCUAUGAAAGUAGCAGAGGCACGUAAACGUGCCUUGGAAGAGGAAGUCGACGCUUUACGCGAGGAGUGCGCCAAACUGAAGGCCGCGGAACAGGUGCAAGCUGUAACAAAUAAAGAGAAGGCACAGGAGAAAGAAGCAGCAACGAAGAUGCGAGUCGCGUUAGAAGAGCAAAUGGAUCAGUUGCGGGACGCUCAUCAGAAACAGGUCGCCGCUCUCAGAGACGAGCUGUCCGAGAAACAAGAGUUGAUCAGUGAACUGAAAGAUUUGAACCAGAAGUUCACGUUGGCUCAUCAGCAGAUGCAGGCCGACUACGAACGAUUGAAACAAGAAGAAGCGAACAAGUCUAUCAAACUGCAGGAAUUGCUGCUACUCAAUGAACGCCGUGAACAGGCUCGAAAGGAUCUGAAGGGUCUGGAGGAAACGGUAGCCAAAGAACUUCAAACGUUGCACAAUCUACGGAAAUUGUUCGUUCAAGAUCUUCAUACUAGAAUAAAGAAGACUAUGACGUCGGACGAUAACGAAGACGAUGGUGGGUCGCUCACGCAGAAACAAAAGAUUUCCUUCCUCGAGAAUAACUUGGAUCAACUGACAAAAGUUCAUAAGCAGCUUGUCAGGGAUAACGCUGAUCUUCGAUGCGAAUUACCGAAACUUGAAAAGAGAUUACGGACCACGAUGGAGCGCGUGAAAGCUCUUGAGACGGCAUUGCGGGACGCGAAGGAAGGCGCGAUGCGAGAUCGUAAACGUUAUCAGUACGAGGUGGACAGAAUCAAGGAAGCUGUCAGACAGAAGAGCUUGGCUCGCCGUGGGCCCAGCGCGCAAAUCGCUAAGCCGAUCAGAGCUGGCCAGCACCAUUUAACGAACGUUGCUAUCAGAACGGGAAACCGCGAUUUGGGUAACAACGUACAGUGAUCGUGAGCAUAAUGCCAAAUCCUUCACUUUUACAGAAAACGAACGCAAGAAUGCUUUCAUCAAUGAAAACAAUAGAGUCGCCGAUACUCUAAUUUGUAGUGGAUAUCCGUAAAUGUUACAAUUAUUUAGUAAGGGUAAUAGACGUAAUAUAUCCGCAAGAAGCACCGCCAGUUCUUUUCAUUUGUCUCGAAGCAACGAGCAUGUACUUAGGUAUAUUCAAAUUCAACACUAAACGCGUUAAGUUAUACAACGUAUGUAGCGCUGCAUGUCCCAUCGAUUUGUAAAUAGUUAAUUUUUAUAAGUUAUUUAACUUAAUAUCUUGCACGAUACAAGUAACGGUGAAUGUCUAUCAAAUAAUCGAUCGAAGGCCUCUCGUCGAACACGAGUCGAACUUGUCUCUGUAUUUGUUUCCGAUCGUCAAAAGUUCCCGUUUUCGUCGUCGUCUUAUCUUUGUACUUGAUCAAACGGCAAACAAGUGAAUUCAAUUUAUUAUAUAUGGAAUGGGACGCCGAUUCCUAUUCCGAUUCCGCAAAUUAUUCGCUUUAAAUCAGAUAAUUUAAGAGAACGUGAGAGUGAGAGUGAGUGAGAGAGAGAGAGAGAGAGAGAGAAAGAGAGAUUUUUGGUCGCUACUGCGAAACACGAUGAUUGGACAUGCGGCAUUGAUCGAAAUUGUAGGGACGAUCGUGGCUUAUUAACUAUUUGUAAUUGUAAGAUUUCUCUCCAUCGCCGUUGAAACAGAAUCGUGAUGAUUGAUUUCUUCUACUCUUUGGAUCGUUCGGAGGGUCCGCUUAACUGGGAAAGUUAAGUUUGCCGGCUGCUCCGAACAUUACCGAGAUCCAAUACGACGUUUCAUCGUCCUCUGUCAUUUUCAUCGUCGUCAAUUGUACGCUCCAGCUUUCGUUGCAUCGAUCUUUAUAACGGUGUUUCGGGCACCAUGCGUUCAAGGUGGAACACGGACCACCGCGGUGGGAUACCGUGUCACGCACACGAUUCCCACAAUCAUCUAAUUUAAAUUAACUUAUUAUCGCUUGUUCUUCAUUUUCGUAUCAGAGGCUUUUAUACUAAUACGUUCAAAUACGUUCGUACGGACCGAUGAAAUUCAGUCGCGUUAAGCGAAAUUCUUUCGUGUCGUAUAAAUAUGUGAGCUUAUGUUUCUUGCUCGUGUCGAGCCUUUCGACGCUCUCGAAAGUUACCUAGACGUAUUACCGUAGCUUGCUGCUGUUGCUGAUCGUAUCGACCGAAUCGUGAGCUCUGUCGAAAAUCGUUGUUGCACACAUACACAGGUCCGCUUAAGUUCCUAAAACCUGUUGCAGACCGCACUUGUGAGAGCAUCGUUCACGCAUAUUUUCUCUCUCCCCCUGUCCGUGUAAUACUCGUUCCAUGUAACGCGUGUACACAAGCAUUUCGCGUUUCACGCUCUCACGAACUGUGAGGCCGACCGAUCGUUCACAAACGUCUGAUUUUUACGUACUUUUUUUUCCCCCUCACUAGUUCGUUGAGGAUCCUCUCGCAAAUAACGUCGAGCCGCCGCCGCCGCCACACUUACUCGGUCCUAUAUUUUGUCCAGAAAGCAGGAGAAUUCGUAUGAACAUAUUAAUGUAAUUAAGAUGAGAUUUUUGUGAAUCGCGCGCAACAAUAUACCUGUUGGUCCGAUGUAUGUGCGCUCGCUGGAAUCUUGUUACGCGCGGUUACUUUAUAGUAGGGGCUGCGUGUGAAAAAAAGAAAAGAAAUCGACAUUUCCGUUUAUCGAAUUGUCGUUGUCCGACAACGACAAGAGAAAUCAUGUUUUCAUUCGACAUAAUUUUUGUCAUCUUAACUUUGGUGAUGUCGUAUCUCGAGUAUCGAGGAUGAAUCACUCUGUGUUUGAUAAUGUGCAAAGACAAGUGCGUGGUGCAUAACGAGUGCAAUUAUUAUUGAAAUAUUCGUAUCAAAUGUAUGUAAAUAUAUAAUCGUACUCGGUUACAAUUAUUUGGCAGAUUCAAAGAGAACGAUCGUUGCAAAUCGAUCGUGAUCCUACUCGCGAAAGGCUGAUUGCAUAUGCUAUGUAUUUAACGCAAGAAAACGACAAACAUACACUCGAGAUAAUGUAUCUUUCGUUUUAACGUACAACCAGAAGGUAUCGUCGGUGUAUUCGGUGAAUUUUCAAUCGUGAUCGUGAAAUGAAAUUUCAACUCACAGGAGAACCCUCUCUCACCGUGAGUUUCGGGCAUCGACCACUUACCUCGUAAAUCACAUUGUCAAUCUUUUACCGUGAACAAAGAGAUCACACACUUGUCGCUUUCUUUCUUCUUGUUUAAAUCGAGGAUUCAGCAGCCUUUUCAGAUUGUAUAAAAAAUAAAAUUCGAAAAUAAAAUUCGAAAAUAAAAUUCGAAUGCUCGUCGAAAGAUUUUAAUCGAGCGUGUAUGCAGAUUCUCCGACGUGCAUGCACGCGGAGAAAUGAACAGAAAUAACACCAGAGUUAUGAUUAUUUUCGUAAUACACACCGGACGUAUCGAAAUGAAUGAAGAAAAAAUGAAAUAUAUAUAUAUAUAUAAAUAUAUAUAUAUACACACAUAUAACGAAAGAAGCAGAGUAUGUAGUUAACUCGUAGGAUAUUCGCACGGGAAAAAUCGAGGAUUACCGUUAACGCGAGAAGGAGGUGGAGAUGGAUCUAAGGCCGCUGUCGAAUUUUUUUGUAAACUGUACGAAGUAUGCGAGUGUGAAGGAAGGAAAUAAACAAGUUGAAGAAUGUAGAUGACUCGUUUCAUUGUUUCAUCGGAUAUACACGUAUGCCGGACGGAACAUGCUGUAAACAGGAGAAGCGGAUCAGACUCGUUCUAGUUAUAUUUAAAUAUUUAUGCGUUUUGCUACGAUCGGCUUUGCUAGAGAAAUUCUAUGUUCUGUUCGCGCGCGCGCUCAUUUAAUUGAUCAAGCUCUCCGCACCGUGCUACGAAAAUUUGCAGCCGUUUCUAAAUCGAAAUCCACGCCGAUGCUCGAUAGUGGCGGAUAGCGAGCGAGCGAGCGAGCGAGCGAGUGUGCGAGACCUACCUACGUCGUCGUCGAAGCAUCCAAGUAGGUUUACCGUAACAUAAACAUGCAAUGCGAAUAAUAAAUUGUUUUUUUCAUUGCAUGCGUCCGUGUACACUCGAUUAAAUUCAGGCGUCUACCUCAUUCGAUCCAGAAGAUGAAACGAGAAGUAGAAACUCCACGUGGAUAUAUUUGUAGCAUUAGAAGGUAGAUUUGUAUCCGGAACCUUCCUCCUCAUACGGAUAGCCUGUCAGCUUCUCGAGGUACUAUCUUGUAGAUUGUGAUACACGUAAAUUCUGAUUAAACUGAUUUAUAAUAUAUUAA